CUCCUGAUCUGCAGCUGCUUCUCCUUCUACUUCAAACACCUCUUCUUGCUCCUGUCAGGUUCUUUACCCUAGUGCUGCCAGAGCGUUUGUUUGACGGGCCAUUUGCACAUCAGCGCUGACCGCAGGUUGAGGAAGGAGACUCGGGGCAUCGAACACCAGCCCCGUCCCUGCCCCAUGGCCGCUCUUGCCGCCUCCCUGCUGUACUCUUCCCCCCUUUUGCCUCUUUCCCGGGCGCGUAGAGCAUCCAGGCCCGGGGCGCCUGUCCUCUGUCCCUUCCAGGGAAAGGCUCGGGGUCAAGCCACAUCCCUGGGUCUUCCCUUGCAGGAUGCUGCCCAGGAACUGCCAGAUGCUGCUCUUCUCUGCCACCUUUGAAGACUCAGUAUGGAAAUUUGCCCAGAAAGUGGUCCCCGACCCAAACAUUAUCAAACUGAAGCGCGAGGAGGAGACCUUGGACACCAUCAAGCAGUACUACGUGCUGUGCAAUAACAGAGAUGAGAAGUUCCAGGCCUUGUGUAACCUGUACGGGGCCAUCACCAUCGCUCAGGCCAUGAUCUUCUGCCAUACCCGCAAAACCGCUAGCUGGCUGGCAGCAGAGCUCUCCAAAGAAGGCCACCAGGUGGCUCUGCUGAGCGGCGAAAUGAUGGUGGAGCAGAGGGCUGCGGUGAUCGAGCGCUUCCGCGAGGGCAAAGAGAAGGUGCUGGUGACCACCAACGUGUGUGCCCGCGGUAUUGAUGUUGAACAGGUAUCUGUCGUCAUCAACUUUGACCUUCCCGUGGACAAGGACGGGAACCCGGACAACGAGACCUACCUGCACCGCAUCGGGCGCACGGGCCGCUUUGGCAAGAGAGGCCUGGCAGUGAACAUGGUCGACAGCAAGCACAGCAUGAACAUCCUGAACAGAAUCCAGGAGCAUUUUAGUGAGUGCCCGGGAGUGCCCCCCGCCAGGGCCCUUCCCUUAGAGGGCCAGGUCCAAGGGAGCGGGGAGAAGGGUAGGUUCUCCUGGGGCCCCCUCGAGAGGCCUUGGUCCUUGUCACAUCCCCCUCCUUUCCUGCAAUAUGCAAGUUCCCAAAGAGCACACCUGGUGAGUUCGGGUCAGGGACUCGAGCGAGAGUUUCCCCCUGGCCAGGCUUGAAGGGCCGAGGUUUCU